CUGUCCGGCCAGGGUGGUUGGCGGUGAGGAUUCAGGCUCCGUCCUGACGAGGCCGUGGCCUGAAGCUCAGGGGCCCCCAGCCCCUCCCUCCCAGCCCACCAGCGUCACCCUCCAGCCCCGAGCUGGACCGCACACCUUGGGACACGGUUUUCCACUUCCUAAGGACGAGCCCCAGACUGGAGGAGAGGUCCGAGGAGGUGAGCGUGGGACUCUUCGCAAGGACCCCGGCGGCGGGCCCCGGGGAGGCGGCCGAGGCGGCAGUGGCCGGGGGCGACAUGGCGGAGGAGCAGGACCUCUCCGAGGUGGAGCUGAGUCCCGUAGGCUCUGAGGAGCCCCGCUGCCUGUCCCCGGGGAGCGCGCCCUCGCUGGGGCCCGACGGCGGCGGCGGCGGCGGCGGCGGGUCGGGCCUGGGAGCCAGCCCCGGGCCCGGCGAGCUGGGCAAGGUCAAGAAGGAGCAGCAGGACGGCGAGGCGGACGAUGACAAGUUCCCCGUGUGCAUCCGCGAGGCCGUCAGCCAGGUGCUGAGCGGCUACGACUGGACGCUGGUGCCCAUGCCCGUGCGCGUCAAUGGCGCCAGCAAGAGCAAACCGCACGUCAAGCGGCCCAUGAACGCCUUCAUGGUGUGGGCGCAGGCGGCGCGCAGGAAGCUGGCCGACCAGUAUCCUCACCUGCACAACGCCGAGCUCAGCAAGACGCUGGGCAAGCUCUGGAGGCUGCUGAAUGAGAGUGACAAGCGCCCCUUCAUUGAGGAGGCCGAGCGGCUGCGGAUGCAGCACAAGAAGGACCACCCAGACUACAAGUACCAGCCUCGGAGACGGAAGAACGGGAAAGCAGCGCAGGGGGAGUCGGAGUGCCCCGGCGGGGAGGCCGAGCAGGGCGGGGCUGCCGCCAUCCAGGCCCACUACAAGAGCGCCCACCUGGACCACCGGCACCCCGGAGAGGGCUCCCCGAUGUCAGACGGGAACCCUGAGCAUCCGUCAGGCCAGAGCCAUGGCCCACCCACCCCUCCGACCACCCCAAAGACAGAGCUGCAGUCGGGCAAGGCAGACCCCAAGCGGGAUGGGCGCUCCCUGGGGGAGGGCGGGAAGCCUCACAUCGACUUCGGCAACGUGGACAUCGGUGAGAUCAGUCACGAGGUAAUGUCCAACAUGGAGACCUUUGAUGUGGCUGAGUUGGACCAGUACCUGCCGCCCAAUGGGCACCCGGGCCACGUGGGCAGCUACUCGGCAGCUGGCUAUGGGCUGGGCAGCGCCCUGGCUGUGGCCAGUGGACACUCCGCCUGGAUCUCCAAGCCGCCAGGCGUGGCUCUGCCCACGGUCUCACCACCUGGUGUGGAUGCCAAAGCCCAGGUGAAGACAGAGACCGCGGGGCCCCAGGGGCCCCCACACUACAGCGACCAGCCAUCCACCUCGCAGAUCGCCUACACCUCCCUCAGUCUGCCCCACUAUGGCUCUGCCUUCCCCUCCAUCUCCCGCCCCCAGUUUGACUACUCUGACCAUCAGCCCUCAGGACCCUAUUACGGCCAUUCGGGCCAGGCCUCUGGCCUCUACUCGGCCUUCUCCUACAUGGGGCCCUCACAGCGGCCCCUCUACACGGCCAUCUCUGACCCCAGCCCCUCAGGGCCCCAGUCCCACAGCCCCACACACUGGGAGCAGCCAGUAUACACGACGCUGUCCCGGCCUUAAAAGGGGGCCCUGUCAACCACCAGCCCUGCCCAGCCCCUCUGGGUAGCACGUCCCUCCCCCAGCCCUUGCGUCCUGUUCCUUGCCCAUCGCAGGCCUGGUGGUGGCUGGGGAGGAGGCUGCAGAGGCUGACAGCUGAGGGAAGGCUUUCUGUCUGGCUCACUGCCUUUGAUGACCCCACCCUGUCCUAUCCAGGCUCUGGCCCAGGCAAAGCCCUCGGCUACUAGGCUGGGCAGAGGAGGAGGGUGAUUGUUGCCCCUAGACUGAACGGUGAGGGGCGGCACCUUCCCCCGAGGAUGACCCUCGAUCCCAGGACCCGAGAAGGACUCACUCACCCUCCUGUGGGAAGGGGAAGCACCCAGGGUCGGAUGGGAAUCGGAGGCCUUGCCACUCCUGUGCCUGUGUUUCCUCUCAUGGAAAAUGAGGGGUCUGACAUAGCCCAUGCCACCUGUGCCACCUGCCUAAGAUCAAGGCCAACCAGAGACCUGCAUCAUUGCCUGGAAUGGGCUACGUCUGCCCCUUGGGGGCUGAGGACAGCUUUGAACAGCCUGGGAGGGUGUGGGGGUGGGGUAGGGGCUCAGAGGGAGGUCUCCUCAUCCCUGCCCCCCCAUGCCCCCUCCCCUCCUGAACACAGGAAGGACUUGGCACAGAGGCCCCAGAUCCAAUUCUGUGCCAGUAACCUCAGUCUUUGUCUCGUGGAGAAAGAGGGCCCCUGGUCCUCCACUGUGACCUCCCAGACCUUGAGGCACACCCCCAGAGGUGAGGAAAGGAUUCGGAGACAAUUCAGAGCCUUCCUCCCGGCUCCCCGCCAAGCCCGUCUUCCCUCACCAGGCUCUGUGGCCCCUGCUCUGGCAGCCCCAACUCCUUGGGCUUCCCAGAGAGCUACCGUUUCUCAGGCCCAAACCCUCUGCUCCCAGAGGAGACGCAGGGCCCAGCACCCAGGGUGCUGGCAGCAGGCUGAAGACACUGAACUCCUCAUGUGUACAUUCUGCCCCGGCCUUUUGCCCUACGCCUCCCAAUGGUAUCUGAAUAAAGUAUGUAGCUCUGUCUGCCCCUAUUUUCCUGUUCUGCAGCCCCCACAAUCCACAUGUAACUCAUUACUGCCCCCUCUUAUUUAUCUCGUAGCUCCCUCUCCCCUCUUCCCCUCCUAGGUUCUCCAGCCCCUAUUAACUCUGCAUUAAGCAUUCCACAUAAUAAAAUUAAAGGUUCCAGUUA